GUUUCUCGAGAGAAAGGGCCCCACACAAUUACACCCCAAAAAUAUCUUAACCCCAGAAAUCAACGCAAACCGUUGAUCUAUUCCAAUCCAAUAGCCCUAAUCCUACAAAAAAACUCUACCUUUAUGUACACUCUUCUCUUCUGCAACUUGACAUAUAUAUAUAUUUAUAGCUUCUUUCUCGAGUGUUCUUGCGACAUUCAGCGUACAUACCAUUCAUGGGUGGUGGGUUGGUUGAUGCUGACUCAUUUCGUCUGCUCUUUAUCCCCAUAUAAGCUUUCCAUUGUUUCCGUGUUUUACUCGGUCAAAGAUGCUCAGCAGCCUAUAACAGCUCUCUGUUAUUUCAAGAAGCCAAACGAUUGAAUUCUGUAUCUUUAUUUAGAGUAUUUCAUUGAUUUGUAAAAUGGGUGAAAAUGGUGUAAAAAGUAAUGAUUUUUAUCAAGUUUUGGGAUUAGAGAAGGGAUGCACCGAAGCAGAGCUCAAGAACGCUUACAAGAAGCUUGCACUGAGGUGGCAUCCAGAUCGUUGUUUGGCGUUUGGUGAUUCCAAGCACGUGGAAGAGGCAAAGAAGAAGUUCCAAGAUAUACAAGAAGCCUAUUCUGUGCUUUCAAAUGCCAACAAAAGAUUCAUGUACGAUGUAGGAGUUUAUGAUAGUGAUGAUGACGAAAAUGGGAUGGCUGAUUUCUUGAGCGAAAUGGCAGUUCUGAUGAGUCAAAACAAACCUGCUGAAAAUGGGGAGGAGGCUUUUCAGGAACUAAAGGAUUUGUUUGAGGAGAUGUUUGAAAGUGAUAUUGAAUCACUUAGCUCUUCUUCUCAAUCAGGAAAGAUGUCAAAUACCAAGGUUGAAGAUGCUCAGUUUCAAGGAUUUUGCAUAGGGACAGGCGGGUUGCCACCGGGAAGGUUUGAGGAGAGAGGGAAGGGGAGGAGCAGCAGAAGGGCGUGUUCAAGAAAGGGGUGGCGCUAGAUAACUAUGCUAGCUUCUUAAUUGUCUUGUGGAAGCUCAAAGGAGCAUCACUUUAGGCGAAUAUUGGAGUCGACUUAGUGUUGACUAAUUUCUUGUAAAGCUUGAUUGAGAUUGAAAAACUGGCUGCAAAGUUUAUGUUUGUCUAAUUUCAUUCGAUGCAUUAGUAGUAAUUGGUGCAAUUUUGCUUAUGUCUCAAGUUAGUUGCAAACUAUUUGGGACUUUUGAUUUUUAUUAUGCUCAUCGGUGUGGGUGCGAUCCAAGACCGUACUUCGUGCUACAUAGGACGGGAACAUCGCCCCUAGACCACGGUCUGGUGCGGUCCUCCAAAGCCGUGUGUUUUGAUUGGUUGAGGCAAUAUGGUGUGGAUUGAGCCGUUGAGCACUUAAUUUUUUUUUCUUUUUCUUUCCUAUAUAUAUACGUA